GUGGCGUGUUAAAAGAACCGACGAUUUAUAUGUUGAAGCUAAAAUGCUAGGCCAUAGUCGUACCUCCGUUGGACAUUCAUCGACUACUGUUUGUAAAACUAAUAGACGUGAUUGUUGAAACUCUUUAUUGAAAAUGCUUGAGAAUAUAUUACAUGCUAUUGCUUCAUUUUUUGAAGUUUUCAACGCUGUUGCAGGCAUGUGUUUGGCCAGCUAUAUGGGGCGGGUUGAGCGUGAACCAGGAAGUGCGGGGAUGUCGUGUGUGCGCGCGCUGUUCUCUCGUUGCUGGGUAGUCGAAAAACAAAGUUGAUCGGAAGCAGCAGGCAUCCGUCUUUCUUUCUCUGACGAAGUCAGUCCGCCCCUUACCACGGUUUGGGGCUGAAAAUACUGACAGUUAACACCGCCACGACCGCGAAGAAGUGCCGAAGUAAACGGUUUGUCUUGCAACAGCAUCGUAUUCAUUGGCGCCAAUUUAAUUCGGUAUCGAGUCGGCGUUCCAACACCCUGACGGAGAACACCGGAGUUGCCAUCUAACUCUGACGCCGCACAAGCAAUGCUACAAGAUGAAAAGCCGCUUGUCGCUUAACAGCCCGUGGGAUCCCUCUGCAUCCAUCUCAACAUGAGCUCCAAAUCGUCAUCUGAUGCCAUAGGUUCUCCAGUGGACAGUUUCACCUAUUGCACGCACAAGACGGCAUUUUCUGGAUCUUCAACCUUUUGCGUCCCUCAGCAGUCUGUCGGCCCCCGGGGAAGGACUCAUGUAAUCGUGUUGGCAGACCAUCAACAACAUGGCGUAGGCGUUCUUCACAGCUAAACCAAAUCAGGAGCGAUCGGCACUUCUCCGCUGCAGGCGACGCGCUGAUAGAGAGGAACCAGCGCUGACACUCUUCCUCUGCACCGGUUGGACCCAGCCAGCUCUGCAACUAGCCGAUGGAGAGGUGCAGCCAGAUGAGCGAAGCCAUCCACAAACCUCCGAUAGUAGCUGACAAAGCCAAUGGAAGGACCUCAAUUCUGAGACAUUCCCUCUUGCUGCAACCGACUCAGCACCUCUUCCAGACGCUUCCGGUGCUCAUCUACAGUUGAAGAAAACACGAUUAUAUCAUCCAAAUAGAGCAACAAUGAUUGUCUAUGUUGAGCUCCAAACAUGCGCUCCAUGAGCCUCUGAAAAGUUCCUGGCGCAUUACACAGUCCAAAGGGCAUCCUAUUGCAUUCAAAGAGGCCGAAAGGAGUGCAAAAGGCCGUUUUUGCUUGUCACACUCCAUUACUGGAACCUGGUUAUAGCUGCAUGCCAAGUCCAUGGUGGUGAACCAACGAGCUCCCGACAAGGAAUCCAAUGACUCCUCUUUAUGAGGCAAGGGAAAAGCGUCCUUCCUGGUUCUCUUAUUUAGUUGGCGGUAAUAAAUACAGAGGCAACAAACUAGUCACGCAAUAAUACAGCUGAAUUAGGCAUUCUAUAAGGAGAAUUGGCAGCGACCUUAUCCAUUAAGCAGAACAGUGCAUGUGAAAAUUCUUGUAAUGUUUUCACCUUCCUGUUGGCGGCGAGAAAAGUCUUCUUGAAGAGACACAUACGGCUUUUGACACCCAUACAAUUCUUUUAAAAUGCCAAACACACAUUCAGGGUUUUCACGGUCUGCACUAGGCCUGUAUCUACUUUCAUCACGAGCUUCACCCUCUAAAUCAGGGGUGCUCAUUAGGUCGAUCGCGAUCUACCGGUCGAUCGCGGAGGUGGUACUGGUCGAUCGCGGCGUGACAUUAAAAAAAUAUCAUCCUAGCAUCAAUGUCACUUGAUUGAUAUACAGGGCAGCCAUUCAGAUGACAACUGAAUGUUGCCCUUCGGGCGACCAAUCAAAUCAAACAACGUCUCUAAGUGCAGCAGAACUUACGAUGUCAGCCUAUCAUCCAUCCCCGUUACUUGAUUGACAUACAGGACAACCAGUCAGAUGACAACUGAAUUUUGACCUUUAGGUCACCGCUCAUGCGUAAACAACGAUGCAAAGUGCUAAGCUAGUCGGCGAAUUGCGUCAGAUUUUAAGCCCUCGCUAAAGUUUAUGGUCACUAAAAUGAGUGAAGUAGCUGGACCAAGUAAAAAGGCAAAAACAUAUCACUUCCAUACGGAAUGGGAGGUGGACUUUUUUUUCACAAUGUCUUUUUCGAAGUGCGUUUGCCUGGCUAACCUGGCUAUCAGCAGCUACUGUCCGGACUAUGCAUCCCUGGCUGAUUCAAUUCAGUGCAAGUCAUCAAAGUAAACUCAGGUAAUUACAAAAAAUGUUAAUAGUUAAUUAUGUGUGUUUUGCAAUAUUGGCUCAUUUGGUUAUGUAAGGUACAUCAACAUACAUUGUACGUACAAAUAAUCCUCAAUACAUUUGAAAAUAAAUAGAUGUUUUGCAUUUUUGUAGUGGGUAGAUCAUUUUGACUCGGUCAUUUUAAAAGUAGCUCGCAUGCUGAAAAAGUGUGAGCACCCCUGAACCAAUGGAUGCGACCCUAGUGAGGAAAAGCGGUAUAAAAAAUGGAUAGGUGCUAGCAAAGCCAUCUUUUACCAUAAUACCUUGGACACAGCCAGCAGGUCUGGUGGCACUGGGGAAAGUCGCUGCAUUACCAAGACUGGUAUUGCUAUUUUAUUUAUUGAUAUUACAUUUUCUCUGUGAUAUAAAUCAAUUUCAGGUUUACAUACAUAUAUCACAGCCCGGUCCUGAUUGGAUGUUAAUAGAUUCAUCCAAUGAGGCAGAUUCAAAGGGAAAGUAUGUUGUCCUGCUGGAAAUGUAAAAAAAAACGAUCAUAUUAAUUGGAUACAUUAUUAUACGUUAUACAUUAUUGGAGAUAAUUGGGGUUGUCUUCUAAGAAGGGAUAUAGUACAUAAUUGGAGAUAAUUAGGGUUGUCUUCUAAGAAGGGUUAUAGUACAUUAUUGGAGAUAAAAACAGGGUUGUCUUCUAAGAAGGGUUAUAGUACAUUAUUGGAGAUAAAAACAGGGUUGUCUUCUAAGAAGGGUUAUAGUACAUUAUUGGAGAUAAAAACAGGGUUGUCUUCUAAGAAGGGUUAUAGUACAUUAUUGGAGAUAAACAAGGUUGUCUUCUGUCUUGAUGGUGAAACCUGUCAUGACCAGUGGCUCUGCUGUCACCUUUUGGCCUCUUUUUGAAGUGCGCCUCUGGCUGGCAGGAGGCAGUCCGUUCACUUGCUGCCAUCCUACACAUGGUCGCCAGAUUGUACUACGUGCCUUCCUCGUCCUCCACUGCCUCCACUUCCUCGGCAACGUGUUAGCCCUUUGUGUCCUAGCGUUCUGGCCCCGUUGCCCUGCCUUCUCCUUGUUUGUGUUUCGUCCCCCCGGAUCCCCUGCAUUGCAAUGCAUUGCAAUACCCCCUGUACUUAUUGUAUUGACCCACGACGUCCAUACGCCCAUGCUCUUCGUUAACCUCAGCCUUCUUUCUUUUGGCUUCCACCAGUGCUCCCAGCUCUCAUUUUUCAGAAUGAUUGGCUGCAUAUCUGACUGAGCUGAGUAUCGAUGGACACCACUGCAACCUAUAAAAGCUCCUUGGAAGUCAUUUUCAGUCGACGUGUGUCUUAUGCUGUUUUAAAGGACUGAUGAAUGCGACACACGUGUACACUUAGAUCAUCAAACCAUCAAACAGGAUUAUGGUGUCAAACUGGCUUGAGCCCGCGAAAGCCUGGAAAAAAUAUACGUCAUUAAAGACUUCAUCAUUCUUGCUAAAUCUAUUUGUCCUUUCCAGUUUGGUUCUAAAAGUUGUUUUGUGCCAUUUCCUCGUCUAUUCUUCUCAACUUUAAAAUUAUGCAACUACUUUCCCAGGCAUUUUUUGUUAGUAAAAAUCAAAACUUGAAUGUUAUGUAGUGUAAUAAUUGUAAUAAUAAUUGUAACUUGAUGACGCAGUGUCAGCAGACGUGUCAAAUCUGAAGAGCCGAAGUGAAACUGAAACGCUUUGAAAACAGGAGCCGUUCGGAAGCUGAAGCUUGACUGAAACACUGUGGAAAUACAUAUGCUAAAACGUAGAAAGCUGUAGUUUCAGCUCAAAUCGGGUAUUGAACCAACCAGGUUACCCCUAACCUGUAGGGCACCAAGGAUGUGUCAUGUCGAUGUAGACGUACUACAAGUACUAGUAGUACAUCUACGUACGUGUCGAUGUAGCACUGUAUGUGUCUACGUACGUGUCGAUGUAGUAGACGUCCACGUACGUGUUGAUGUAGUAUGGGCCCACAUAGGUGUCGAUGUAGUACUGUAUGUGUCCACCUAGGUGUUGAUGUAGUACUGUAUGUGUCCACGUAGUAUGGGUCUACGUACAUGUCGAUGUAGAAUGCGUCUAUGUACAUGUCGAUGUAGCACUGUAUGCGUCUACGUACGUAUCAAUGUAGUACAGUUUGUAUCAACGCAGGUGUCGAUGUAGUACUGUAUGUGUCCACGUACGUGUCGAUGUAGAAUGCGUCUACUACUUAUGUGUCGAUGUAGUACUGUAUGUGUCCACGUAUGUGUCGAUGUAAUAUGCGUGAAUGUAUGAUUUCGUCUUUGCAAAAAAAGAAAAGCUGAGAUGCUUGGCUGGCUUGAGCAGGGAACCUUUUGAUGACUUUGAGUGCUGCAACCUAGCGAGAGCCCCAUUCAAGCAUGCAGGCUGCCAAGUCUUUUGUGGAGCCCAUCAAACAUCAAAGGAAUCCUUUAUAUCAAAUGUUACCUCAUCGAACAAUCCUAAGUCUUUGGUAUUGUAGUGUGUAAAAUAAGAUGAGUGAAGUCUGAAAGCAGUGCUGCAGGGAUUCUGGAGGGCUUUCUGUUUUGACCUAUUUUGGAAGGGAGCUCUGCAGCACAACAGUGAAAGGGAAUGUGAGAACUCAACAAGUAAAACCACACCCCUUCCUAAGGCUAUUAUUAUUCAACAUAUUCGGCAUACAUAAAAAUAUAACAAAAAUCUAUAUUGUAUAAUUAUUCAAAGAAAAAGUAUUUAUCAUAUUCUGGAAGAGGGACUGUGAAGUGUAUCUGAUUCACCACUGAGUUGUGGUGUUGAUGGUGAAGAAAUGUGAAUGGAAGCCAGUUUAAGAGUGGUGUGCAUACAAUAGCCUUCCAGUGUGUGACGUGACAGUGCUGUCCACACUGUCUCAGUGCUGGGGACGCCCACGCAGGUCGGUCGAUGCAAAGCAGCGGUGACGGCCACAGGUGUCUGACACAGAAAGACUUGCAGGAAAGCGCCAUUCAUUUACUAUACGAGAAUGGAUCUGCUCCCGGCCCAGGAAGCGGCCAAAAUCUACCACACCAACUACGUGAGAAACUCCCGGGCCAUAGGAGUCAUGUGGGCUGUGUUCACCAUCUGCUUCGUCAUCAUCACGGUGGUGGUCUUCAUUCAGCCUUUCUGGAUCGGGGACAGCGUCAACACCCCCCAGGCUGGAUACUUCGGUCUCUUCCACUACUGCAUCGGCAACGCCCUCACAACGGAGCUCAUCUGCAGGGGAAGCCUGCUGGACUUCGGUUCCAUCCCGUCUCCGGCCUUCCGCACGGCCAUGUUCUUCGUGGGCACGUCCAUGCUACUGAUAGUGGGCACCAUGGUAUGUUUCAGCCUCUUCUUCUUCUGCAACGCCGGCAGUGUCUACAAGAUCUGUGCCUGGAUGCAGCUGGCCGCGGGUGUUUUGAUGGUGAUGGGCUGUAUGAUCUACCCGGAUGGCUGGGACGCCCCGGAGGUGAAGCAGAUGUGUGGCCAGAGGACUGAUAAGUACAGUCUCGGGGACUGCACGGUGCGCUGGGCCUACAUCCUGGCCAUCAUCAGCAUCCUGGAUGCUCUACUCUUAGCCUUUCUGUCCUUCACUCUUGGUAACCGCCAGGACAAACUGCUGCCAGAAGACUUUGAGCUGGAAGGGGCAGAAAACCCCUAAAGAGAACAAGCCUCAAGCAGCAGGACGUGGAUGAUGCUUCACAGAACAUUCCAUUGUUACCACCGAAUAUCCAAACAAAGUAAUGUUAGGUUUUCCUUAAGCAGAAUGCAAGCGUGCAAUUUAAGAUCCUUCACACGCAAAACUGACAACAGCCUAGAAGCAAACUGGACACAGUGACUUGUUCAGUAUGCAACAUCUAUUUUAUUCUAGAACGUGUUGACAUUUCAAUCACACGUCUACUACUUUUGGGCUACACUGACAUGACCAGUUCUUCACUCUCCCUGUAGUGUUUUCAACGGGGAUGUUGGUGACACCAAGCUAAACCACAAACGAAGACCCUGGAGUUCCACUGGAAAGUUUAAUUGUCUUCUUUUACAGAUAUGUCAGCAUACCUCAUCAUCAUCAACUCAACACUUUUCCUGUAGUUGAUACAAACAUUAACCCUGGGCUCAUACUGAAUCCGUUGCGGCCGCCAGAAGCAUUCCGCAAGAUUGAAAUUCCAUUCCGACUUUUUUUUUUCAGAUGCCGGAGCACUCUCAUAUCAUAUAUCGCCAUCAUAUCACUACAAGAAAUUGAUAAUAUAUAGGAUAGGAUUUGGAUAUUGUACCCUCAGAGAAAAAACAACAAUAUGAAGUCAUGAAAUACUAUUUAAUAAUAAUAAACAGAAAAAAGGCAGGUUUUUAUACUCAUUGUAUGACGUCAAAAGACACCAAAAAAGACAGAUUGACAGAUUUUUGAUAUAG